AUGAGUCGCAAUGUCCCGUCCUGUGCAGUGCCAAAUUCUACUCAACCCGCCGGUUCAGCUUCCGUUGCAGCACCUACAAGCACUGCAUCUGGUCUUGAAGUCCUCGGUAUUCCUGGGGGAACCUUUCUCCGAGAAGCAUUAACUUCGUGCAGUGAUCCACUUCAAGCCAUUGAAGAAUUCCAAGUUGAAAAUGGAAUCCUUUUGCCUUCUUUAAGACCAAUGAUGCCCCUUUUGGAUUUACAUGGAGUUAAACGACUGGAUUUUCAUAUAUCUGUCAUGGAGGCUCUACGUGAAAAACUUUUAGCCCAAAUUGCUGAUUUAGGUCAAAAAGAAGGGAAAGAAAAGGAUAAGAAAUUAAAAGAACUACUGAACAAAAGUUUUCUUGUAGUGAAAAUUAAAGCUCUUAGGCCAGUUGUAAUGGCAGUUAUGAAACACCUUUCUCAUGUUGAUGACAAAUAUCUCAAAGUUCUGGUAAAAGACAAAGAACUCUAUGAUGAUUGUGAUACUGUGGUUAAAAGGCAAAUGUGGAAAGACAACCAAUCCCUUUUUGGUGAUGAGGUAUCACCCCUACUCAGCCAGUAUAUCAAAGAAAAGGAACAACUUCUUUUUGAUCAAAAUAAUCUUACAAAUUUGUUUUUCCUACCAUCUCCAAAGGUUCGCCGACAAGGAGAAGUUGUCCAGAAGCUAGCGCAUAUGAUUGGAAACAACGUUCGGCUAUAUGACAUGGUUUUACAAUUCUUGAGGACAUUAUUCUUGCGUACUCGUAAUGUUCAUUACUGUACCUUGCGUGCCGAACUGUUAAUGGCCCUACACGAAACUGAAGUUCAAGAAAUUACUAAUGUCGAUCCUUGUCACAAAUUCACUUGGUGUGUGGACGCUUGCAUUAGAGAGCGUAACGUGGAUACGAAGCGAUCGCGAGAGAUUCAGGCGUUUUUGGAUGGUAUCAAAAGUGGUCAAGAGCAAGUUCUUGGAGAUCUCUCCAUGAUGUUGUGCGAUCCUUAUGCCGUCCACUUUUUGGCUACAUCAUCUUUAAAAAUUUUGCAUAACUUGGUCGUGUCGGAGAGCCUGCCUCGGGAACACCAUAUUCUGCUUUUACUAUUACGCAUGCUUUCUCUUGGACUAAGUGCAUGGCAAAUGAUAGAUUCACAGGAAUUUCGUGAACCCCGACUUGAUUCUCAAGUUGUAACCAAGUUUCUUCCAGCUCUUAUGUCGCUGAUAGUAGACGAUCAAGUUCGAUCUCUAAAUGCUAAAUUACCCAGUGAUGAGCGUGAAUCGGCUCUGACAGUUAUUGAACAUUCAGGUCCGCCACCUGAUGCAUUCCAAGCAUACAUUUCUGAAAGUAGUGUUCCCUGUGUUCUGGCGAUGUAUUAUACCCUGCAGGUUGCAAGGAGUAGAGAUAAAGUGGCUCUAACGCGUGUGCUAGGCACGCUGGCUGUAGGACAUGGUGAAAGAUCAUUUGAAGAUCCCUUCCUCCAUACUUUGGUUGCUCAUCUUAUCCCAAUGCAGGAUGAAUUUGUCAAUGAAAUGUUCUGCACAGUUGUUUUUGAUGAAUUUUUCUUCACUUCUAUUGGCAAGGAAAAUGUUGUCAGACAUCUAACCAAACUGGUGUGGUAUAUUCACCAUAAACUACCUGCAGCUCGGCUUAAUACCCUCAUGAAGGCACUUCAACCCAAUUCUCAAUCCCCUGAGGUUAUGCACCAGGUCUAUAAGCAACUUGAGCAAAGAAUUGAAUCCUACCAAGUAAAUCCUUCCCAAGGAGUCCAUAAUGAUGAGACUGUGUUAAUGAUGAAUGUACCCACUCCAAUGUCAAUGUAGAAAUAAAACAGUGACUGUGUAUUGGUCAGGCAUACAAUAGAUUGAAUGAAGAACUUA